AUAUAAAUAUGAAUCUGUUUAGUGCGCUUAAUGAAGGCAUAUCAUCUCAUCCUAGCGGUUACCGUCGCUCAGUGCAGUCCGAGGAGAGAGUUUUGAAGCCUUUUAGUCAAGAAGCUGAAGAGUCUGAAGCUUUGAAGCUUUAUCAGAGAGCGAUUAGUGCGCAUCAUGCCGGGGAUGAGAGUGAAGCUGAUGGUCUUUAUAGACAAUUGCUGCAAACGAGAUUUGUGGCUUUAGCUCCUGAGUCGCUGGAUGAGGAGAACCUUCACAUGUCAAAAGAGUGUCAAUUGAAAUAUGUUGCAUACAAGAAUCUUGCUACACUGACUGCAAAGCAGGGAAAUUAUAAGACAGCGCUAGAGUAUUAUAUGAAGGCAUUGCAGCUAGAUUCUUCAGAUGCAAGUCUCUGGUAUCACACAGGAGUUGCUGGAAUGGAGUAUGGCAAUCUGGUAUUGGCAAGACAUGCGCUGAAUCAGGGUCUACAUCUUAAUCAACUGCAUUGGUUAUGUCUGCACAAGCUCUGCACAGUUCUCUAUACUCUCGGCGACGACUCAGCUUGUCUCGAGAUGUCCGUUGAAGGUUUAGAGAGGGACGCGGCAUUCACACAAGGUCUUGUGUUUGUUCACAAGUUGUAUGAAGAGAGUUCGUAUCUUCUUCAAUGGAAGAGAAAUCCCAGAAGGUACAUGAAAUGGCUUUCGUUGUCGGUUGAUUCAACUGAUGUGGAAGAGGUUAGUGAAGAAGUGAAGCGGCUUGGAAAGAAUAGAGACAGACUUGUUGAACAGGAGAAGCAAUCGGUUGAGCAGCUUAAACUCAAACUACAACAGCCAACAUGGGAAAGCUUUGGAUGCAGUGUGCUGCAGCUGUACAACAGAGUGAAGAAGUCGGAGGGAAAGCUGUGGUUCAGUGAGCCCGUGGAUGUCUCCCAAGCAGUUCCACUUCAACAGCCAGACAUAUGUGCAUCUCCUCUCACUCCAACUGCGAUCAACUUUGCUCUCUUUCGUGCUUCUCCACUAGGUCUUAGCCAGACUAGUGACGGUGAUAGCUGCGAUCAAGGAAAAAAGGGACAGAAGAGAAAAAUCUCAACACUGACAGAAGACUUUGAUCUGGCACCGAAACGACGAUCAACACGAGUGAAGACGAAUAUGAGAAAGAAGGAAGAAGAGACUGUGAACUACUCAGAACGCUUGCAGUGGUUUGUCCCUCCUAAACUAAAGCCACCAACUCAUGUGGAUGACUCACUUUCUCAACGACUUUCUUCAUCUCUCAGUUCGAGUCGAUUGGACUUGGUGUCGUCUGGCUCAGCUAUUUCAGGAAUAUCAAUCCACUGGAAUGAGAUGGAAAACGUUCAAGAGUCUCUUUCCAAAUGCAAACAGAACAGUGGAGUCAUAGAUCUUUUGUAUCGGUUCGCUGCUGAGUUGGGAGAUCCAAAACGAAGCAAAACAAAAUGGUCAAACGCAUUGGUGAGUGUUUUCCUACAAGUUUAUGUUGCACUGAGAAAGCACAUCAUGCUACCAUUUUCUCCCGGUGACGAGCCGGAAGAAGAAUCUGUAGAGAAGUCGCAUUUUGUUUUGUGUGCGUGCGAGUUACAGUUAGACUCACACAAGGGCUCAAAGCCUCAUGACAGCGACAGCAACUGCUUACUGAGAGACUUCCACAUUGGCACAAGCACCACAUUCAGCACAGACGUUGACUUUCUAGUUGCCAUGACGACAACUAAACAAGCAUUUGGCCCAGCAUGGCAGAAUUUUACAAUCAGAGUGUAUUGGCUUCGAGCCCGGUUUGGUUUACUGAUUGGGCAGACGAUUAUGGCAAUCGAUUCUUUUUGUAUUUGUGCUGAUCUGUUGGCUAUGGAAAGGCCCGUUGACGCUGCACUAGACAUGCUCCCCAGACAACCACUAACCAUUCAGCUGCCCAAUUGCAUUGAAGACUUAGUCAUCAGUGAAGAACGUGUCAAAGAAAAGCUGGAAUUUAUCGACCGAUUUCGAUCUCUUGAUGAAGUUCGUAGUCUCUACAAUGCAGGUGACUACAACCGUGUGGUCGAGAUCCUCACUUUGUCUCUCAACCUUACAGACAUGUUUAAUCCGACUGUUAUGUCUCUCUAUGGAAAGGAGGAGCAGGAAUCGUUAUUGAGCAGACCGAGUCCAGAGAGACCAUCUCAACUGUUGAUAUUGGAAGAUGCUUUGUUUAAAGUUGGGAGAGUGAAGGAUGCACUCCUGUGUGCUGAGCAGAACCUUCAUGAAGUGACUGGCCGACUAACUCCACAGCUGGUCAGUAAAACAGCUGAAACACUGAAGGAGCUUGUGUCAACUGUAGACAGGGCUGUGGCGUCGACUGAAUUGCUGAAUUCAGUUCCUCUCUUUGUAUUGGCUCGCAUGCUGCAGAGUAUCAUUAAAUUCAUCGAUUGUUACAUGGACACAGCUGAAAGUAUCACUGAAUUCUUUCCGGUCACAAUUCCUUGGGUCAUCGCAAUUCGUCUUGUGCAGUUUGGCGAAAUUUCUGAUAUUUCAACGGACUUGCUGCCAGCCGGAGAGCAACCACUUGGGACAGGAAACGCAUCAAUGGUUGUGGCAUCUACAGGUCGAAUGUCAUUACUGUCUCACCUCUUACUACGAGAUGCUCAUGAGAAACUGGGAAGACAUUUUGUGUGUUGUGAAGACGAUGGGAAGUUUCUUGAGUUGUCGUUGAGUAUAUUUUUGGGUUGCCUUCAGGACACUUCGGAUGAAGAACUGAUUAGAGAUAUUGAACAGUGUUUUCUUUGUUUAUAUGGACAUCCGAAUAAGAAGGCAAAAACUAAGAAGUUACAAGAUCAUGGCUCAUCACAGAUUGAGCUUACUUGGGACAAAGUGACAACAGUUUUUACUUUUUUCUGUCCUGCCAAGCAACGGCCAACAUUCGAUGUAAAGAAGAGUUACGUUACAACAGAGCUUGAGAAUCUGUUGAGACGGAUUGUUUGUCUGAUUCCUUCGACUGAACAGCCUGCUAUUUCGUCAAAGUCUCUUCUCUCCUAUAUCGACGGAACCUUCAAAGAUAUUCCUACUUUCACCAGUGACAUGAUGGAUGCAAACGCAUCACAGCAUCCAGUUGUAUUAGAAGUUUUCUAUCUUCUCGCUGAUUUUUACCGCAGAAAUGGAGAGAGCAUCAAGGCUGUGAAGUUCUAUAUGCAAGAUCUCAUGUAUAAUCCUCAGAGGUUUGAUUCUUGGGCUGGAAUGGCAGAGGCGAGGGCGAAGAAGAUAGGAGACAGGCUUAAUGCUUUGGAUCGUAAGUUGGAACUCUAUAAAGUUGUUGAGAGGGAGUCGGGUCCGGCAUUGAGAUCGUUUGAGAUAGCAAUGAAGAUCAACUCCACAAGUUGCAUGUUGUUAGAGCAUUAUGGUCUACUGUGUUACACACUUCACUCGUUUGCUGCUCAACAGACCAGACAAUUACCGGAUGAUUCGCCGUCGUUGUCGUGGCUGUCUCAGUUGCGUUCUGAGAUGCUUGUGAAUGCUGGUGAGUUAUUUGAGUUGUGUCUCGCCUGCUCUGAUGGAUGUGUGAAGUCGUAUGUUUACGACCUCAUGGUUGGGAAAGUAGCUGAGAAGACAGGACGACAGUAUGAUGUGUUUCUGGAGAGAUACAUAAGGGCAUUGAACUGGUUGGACGAGAAACAAAUUCAUCCGCGUCGUAUCGACUACCGAAAUCCUCUUGACUAUUCAAUCGAAACAUUGGCGGUUUAUCACCAUCUGCAUACAGCAGUGCUGAAAAUCCUUCAAGACGUUCAGCUGGAAUAUUUGUCUCUCAUAAAGUUUGAUUCGCUUGAAAAAUACGUCGAGAUUGCAUCGAAAUCUGCAUUUGCACAAGCCGAUUCACAUUUGCCAUUGAAAGGAGCGGCUCGUUUGUUGUUCUUGGAUAGUGCCGUACACGGUGAUUGCUCAUCGAGGUCUUUACUAGAAUUCAGGAAGCUUGUACUUGAGGAACACUGCUAUGCUAAGAUGCUGGUCGACAUGAAUCAAGAGGGAGACAAUCGCGACGUUGCGUCUUGUGUUAAUGUUGAGGGGCAACAGACGAUGCAUCAAGAGCAACAAGCGAUUGAAUCAGGAAACGCUGCAAACCAAAACACAUCUCACACAGCAGCCACUAAGUCAGGAAUUCAAGCAACACAACAAACAUCAGGAAGCCAGUCGUUACCCGCAACCGACUGCUCUGAUAAUCAAAUGAAAGAGAACGUUAUUGCAGAGACAGAUAAGUCGGAUGAUGCUAAGAAAAACGUAGUUUCUGAUACGAAACUAGAAGAAGCUGUUGGUAACGCGAAUGUGCCAGCAUUGGUGGCAAGUGAAACACCACAAGCUGCAACUGAGAGAUCCACAGAUAGAGAGACGUCGUCGAUACACGAAUUCGAUCGUGAACAAUCUCACGAAGACGAUCUGUCAUUGCCAAUGUUUCCGAUAUCUCCAUUACCGCUGCUGGGAGAUUUGGACUCUUUGCCUCACGGUCUUGAAGACGUUAACUUUAACUUGAACGUUUUAUCUCCAGAUGCUGGAGGUGGUGAAGGGGAGAAGGUGAAGGAGAAUAGAGAGGAAGAGAUGCUAGUGACUGGUGAGGUGCAGAGCUCUGUUUCUGAGAUGUCGGCUGUUUCUCGUUUGUCUCCGAUGGAACGAUACAUGAUGUUGGUUGGCAAGUGUCUUGAUGCGCUACACUUGUGUGUUUUUCGCUAUCCUGAGCACUACAAGUCGAUCUAUAGGCUGGCGUAUGCGUACAGUCAUAUACCCACACACAUGAAUUUGGAAUUGGCUCGUGACUUACUCUGGGGAUCUCCACAACAAGAAGGCAGACAGCAGCUGCAGCCAUUAUUCUCUCGAAAAGGAACAAACUUCUUCCAGAUUUGGAAGAUGAGAAUCGAUGAGUUGGAACGGCCUGGAAGUUUUCAAUCUCAUGUCAACAAGAGUGUCUGUUUGCUAAUCAAGGUAUUAGAGAAACUUGAGGACAGACCUUCUCUGCUCACAGUUAUACAAAUGUUGCUGAAGAAAGCUGAUCCUUCAAGGAGAUACCUGCCUGAAAGUGAGAAGAUGAAUUUGCUAAAGAAGGCAAUGGUGGCUCAUCUAAAUGUCACUCAGGACAAAAUAACUCAACUACGACUAGCAGGAGGUGGUAAAGAACACGGAAAGAAACUUACUCAAGAUGUGUGUCUGAACGUGCUCGAAUUGUUGCUUGUUUCAUACCAAGCGAAAGUUGUUUGUAUGAAGAAUGACUGCGACUGUCCAGAGAUCGAGAGUGAAAUGGCACAACUGUUUGGGUUGCUGGCACCGAGGCUAGAGGAAGCGUGGAAGACCGUUUCGUCGUGUUCUGAUGAGACAAGAGAACGAGUCUUGGCAGAAGAAGCCAUGUCAUUUUGCCAACAUAAUUUUAUUUUGAAGCAGCCGGUGGAAAGUGGCACUUCGGUUGGUGUCCCCAGCCAAUUCCGUGUGGCCGUGGAAGCUUUGUUUCCUUGUGACAAGUCGUGAUGUUUGUGCUGCGUAUGAUGUUUGAUCUGAGAAACGUUUGAAACUCUGAUGUAUUCAUAAUUGAGUUGUAAAUUAGAUGAACUCGAAAUUAGUGUAAAUUUAUUGUUGAGAUUUUGACUGUUAAAUGUAAAUCUGAGUGCUGCUGGGAGGGUGUUGUUGCCAUGACAACCACAAUCCCGUAUAAUUAAUUAAAUGUUUACAUGUUUACGUAACCAACCCAGUUACACUUUAAUUUUAAAGCUAAAUGAAUCUAUA